AUGGUUGGCGUCCCUCGCAGCACGGGGUGCCAGCUAUGUCGAAGGAGAAGGGUCAAGUGUGAUGAGGUACGGCCCGAGUGUGGUAACUGUCGCAAAUAUGGCGCCGACUGUCCUGGAUAUGAACGAGGCAUCAAAUUUGUAUCAGGGAAGCAUGCAAUUCGACCGCGGACAAAAACCGGGAAUAGGGAGGGUAGGGAGCUGAGCAAGGAGGCAUCGCCGUUCUCGGCAGCAGCGUCGAGGGCGUCGGCGAGUCGACCCUCGAGGGCAUCUUCUCCUACGUCAGAGUCAACAAUCUCAACGCUAUCAAGGUCACCCCGUCCCAACAGGGCAGAGUUUGUCAGCACCAUCGUGGCCUCUGUGAAAGCAGACAUCUCCAAGGCUGACAUAUCGGGGUUUUUGUCGUGGUGUGACAUGGACAAAUUGGGUGUAAAGGCGGUGCUGGAUGGAGCCAUGUGCUCCCUGGCCUUGCACCUGGUGGGCAAGGAGAAUGAGGAUGAUAGCAUGGUAGCACAUAGUAGGACCAUCUAUGGGCAUUCGCUAGGGCAGCUGCAGACGAGUUUGCGGCACGAAACGGAGUGGAAGACGUCCGAGACACUAUGUGCGGCGAUGCUGCUUUGCAUUUUCGAGCUCUUUGCCGGAACAAAUUCAUCCGAUUCCUGGCUAUUGCACGCUAGAGGAAUAGGGACGUUGAUAGAACAACGGGGACCAAAUGCUCACUCAGAAGGAUGGGAUGCCUCGAUGAUACUGGCGUUUCGAGGCGUCUUGAUCAUGUGUGACAUGUUCUUCCCCUCGGGCGAAGGCUGUUUCCUCUCCCGCCCAGAAUGGAAGCCGGUAGUCCGUGACGGAGGCCGCCACCUUAUUCACCCUGCAGCUCACCUGGUCAGCACUAUUCACGUAAUUGACGAGUUCUUUGAGCGCCUUGCGGAAAUACCUAGCGUUUUAGCACCAACCUUUGUUCUCCGCGAGUCCAAGACCAUGGGCACGUUUCAGCAACCUGAUGAUGUGGAAAUCGCCGCUCUGGCCCUCCGCUCCAUUGAGUACCGAAGACUGUUCAACGCCUGGUACGACAAGUUUACGACGAUUGCGCCUCUGCCGUACGAUAUCCCGUCGCAGGAUCCAGAUUCUCCAUUCGACUUUGUCCUGCAGUACAACAUGUCGUGGAUGGGGUCCAUGUACAUUGGUUAUUGGGCAUGUCUGUUGAUUCUGCAGGAGGCGUUGGUACAGUGUGAGUGGCCGGAAGAGUUUGAGCAGUCGAGGGGCGAGUUGGUACGGAAUAUUCUACGGUCCAUUGAGACUGUGGGUGCUGGGACAAUGGGCCCGUACAGAGUUGGUUUUGGCAUACGAAUAGCGUAUGAGCUUGCGAGUGCAGAGUUGCAGCUGUGGGUGAGGAGGGUGCUGGAUCGGUUCAAAAAGACGUAUGCCGCGACGGACAAGUCGACGUAUCCUGCGCCGAGGACCGAUGAUGGCGGAUAUUCAUAG